AUGCCUGCUCCUUAUUCUGACAACCUCUAUUCCGCCGAUUCUGAUGACGAACCUGAUGCACUCUCGCCAACUGACGGUUACUUCCACGCGUCGUCUGAGUCGUCGUCAUCUCGCUCUCCUCACGUCCCAAACGUGCUCGUCGAGGAUCCCACGCAGUUGAGUCGAGAUGCCAAAGCUCAAGAAGCUGAAAGGGAGAGGAUGUUGUUAAAUACCGGGGGUUCUUCUGAGAGACAAGAGCAUGGUGGAAGCACUGCCUCGUUACACGAAAGGCAGGAAAGAGCUGCUGAGAAUCCAAUCGCUGCAACUCCCCAGCCUCAGCCUCAGUCUUAUUCACAAAGAAUCUCGAUGUUUGCUCACUCUGCUGAUGCACCACCUGCUUAUUCACCUUCACCCACUUCACCAAACACUGUCAACAAUUACCAAACAUUCACUUCUACAGCGACAAUGGGUCGGCCUGAAGAAACACAGCCUCUUGUUGUUCACUCUCAUCCGCCAGAGUCUAUGAGCGAUCCGUCACCCAACUCAAGUCAACCACCUUCACGUUGGGAGAAUUUUAAAGAUUUCAUCGCAAGACUCAACGUCCGAAGAAGACUCAAGACAUUCCUUGCUUCGUUAUUGAUCUUUUCUGUCGUCUUUAUGAUCUUUAGUAGCUUCACCAUGCAUUCGAGCCACGGUCCAGGUAAAUCCCCAGCCAGAGAUAAGUUCACCUGGCAUUCUUCCAAAUCAUGCCCCAAGGAGGCUCAUCGCCUCGGAAAGGUUUUCAAAGAGCUAGACAUCCAGCCAUCACGCGAUCUUACCAUUAUCCAAACCGUCAAGGACAGCAGAGGCCGUGAAGGAUGGCACACCCACAUCUCGGGCGAGCUAAUUCUUCGUCCUACGGACAAAUCAUCGCCUGCUAAAAUAGAGGCAGAGGUCCUUUCUAACACUGACGGUCUCGGUAUCGAUGUGUUGAUCAAUGAGACGACACAAGUCGUCGAGGUGGUGGUGCCGCGAAGGAUUGCCUGGAAUGAAACUGACACGACUCCUUGUAUCCAAGUCCGAGCUACUCUCUGGGUGUCUCGCGGAUCGGUUAUCAACACUCUGACUAUCAAUACCUUGCAGUUUGAUGUAAUUAUCGACCAAGGUCUCGUCCUUGGAGCUUUGGAUGGAGUCAAUAUCCGAAGUGCCAGUGGCGACAUUAACGCCCCUACCAUCGACGCAACCAACACUGACAAGGCUGUCGAUCCAUACACUCUUUCUUCUCGCGAGAUCUAUAUUCAUACAGCCAGCGGCGACGUGAGAGGAUGGUAUCCUUUGUACGAUCUUCUUGAUAUCGGAACCGCCUCUGGCGACGUUACCACCGGCGUCGGCCCCAAGCCCGUCAACCCGCAGGCCGUCCGAUCUGCAACUCUCAAAGUGCGGUCCGCUUCUGGAACUAUCAAGAUCGACGAGCCUAUCAUGAGUGCUCGAAAGGCCCCUCGCCCAGAUCGCGAGUUUCCACCACGCGACUACAGAGUCGACAUCAUCACUGCAUCGGGAGAUGUUACGGCUGAUGUAGCUGCAAGUUCGUCUGCAUCUUUCAAAUCACAAUCUGGUGAUCUGAAGCUCAACAUCUGGCCUGUGCUGGAUUCAAGUUUACAGAUGGCUACCGGUCAAGACAACCCAUAUCUCGAGACGGACACAAAGAGUGGAGAUACUGAAGUCAAUCUUCUCGAGCCUUUGUGGACAAGCCUUGCUACAAUCGGGAGUACAAUCCCUCCAUUGGAACCCUAUGACCCAAAGAGCGGUCGUGAUCCAUACAUCGUUCUAACAGAAAACGACGAGACUGAAGCUAAAGCCAGAAAGUCCUCCUUUGGAGUCCUACAGUCAAAGCACAAGUCGAUCAGCGGAACCGUCAAGCUCGUUUAUCCCCAAUCCUGGGAGGGUAUUCUGUAUGCACAGUCUAUCUCGGGUUCGCAAGACUUCAAGGGCAAGGAUUUGAAGAUUACGCAUGAGGGAGGAACGUUUAUGAACAUCAUUAGAGGACGCAAGGGUGAUAAGGGCUACUCUUCCCUUGAGGUUAACACCGUGUCUGGUGACCAGGUUGUUGUAAUUGGGGAGAAAUAA